AAAUCAUCACUUUCUCUCUUCCAACUUAUCCGGCAGGUGUUGGGGAGUGUGGCGGCGGUACGGUUGUUAUCACGGCAUUUUCAGGAGCUUAAGGGGACGGUCACUGAGCCUUUUUGGGAUGAGAUUUACCACAUGAGGCAGACAUAUGUCAACAUAUGGGAUUUUCGUUGCAGAUCUUCUGCUUUGGGUCACGCCCCUAGUCAAAUUAAGCUCCACGAGCCCACGCAUGUGGUGGGCUAGGAGCAAUGAUCGUGAGAACAUGACACCAUGUCUGGGAGGAUUCAUGCGAGCUGUCAUCUCCCAUUUCCCCAUGCACCCACCCUGUCAGCUCUCUGUCGUCUCUUGUCAACCCUCAGCGCCCAAGGAUCUCACUCCUCCGAAGGAACCGGCCGGUCUGCCGCUGCCCUGCCCGUGGCCUGCAUGCUCCAUUGGUGAUUGCACUUGCAUUGAUUCUGAGACUGGAGACUGGGCGUAUGGGAAGCUUUGUAACCCCAUCACAUCAGACGAUAACCUCACGCCAGCCCUAUCAGAAUCGAAUCAUGCUCACGUCUGGAAAACUCCGCAGUAUCCAUUCCUUAUGGAUUGACCGACGGCCGUGCCAUGUUGGAUGCUGAUCGGUGAACAGUGACGGUUCCCACUUCUAUAGCCUGCGCCGUACGGAUGCAAAUUG